CUGGUGCUUGCUGAGACUUGACAGGCCCAGAUAUCUUGAACGUCACCGUGCAACGUGUAAAGGAAGUAGCGAGUGGCUUUACGUUAGCUAGGUUUCACAUCAACGGCAUCAAAACAAAGGAUGAUACAAGCUUGAAGAAGUGGAAAAACACAACAUUGUGUUCCACUGCGGUGGAUUUCGCUGCAGGGUUGGAAAUACAUUCAUCCACUUAACUAAAAGGGCAAUCUAAACCUUUUUACUUUACUGUUCGAUGCUGUAAAUAGUGCUUUGCUGUUAGCUUGGCAGCUUAGCUAUCAAAAUAGCUACUUAAAGUUACUUAAGAUAGUAGCAAUAUCAAGCCAGGGUUUGUUUGACAAUGUAACAACUAGGGACGUGUUAUGUUCGGGUUGUCGUUGACGUGCUAGCUCUUUAACACACAGACACACAACAACAAACACCAGAGCUGCUAUCUGCUAGGGAAGUAUUGUAAACACGAUGAGCUGGUUCAACGCGUCCCACUUGUCUACCUUCGCAAAACAAGCGUUGACAACAGCCCAGAAGUCCAUCGAUAGAGUGCUGGAUAUUCAAGAAGAAGGCCAAUGGGGUGACACUGUCGUCAUGCCCUAUGAUGAUUUACCUGGAAAGACACCGUUGGGUGGAGGAUGGGGGACCAGUCAGUGGGAGUCCGCCCUAGAAGAAGAGGAGGAGGAAGAGCCCCCUCUAUCAUCUGAGGCCAUCACUACACCUGUUACCCGCACCGUUGUAGAUGAGACGGAUAACUUCUUCAGUACCUUUCUGCCUGCACAGGAUGUUACUAACACCCAGAUCGUGUCUUCAGCCCCUCAGACCAAAAGACGAGAGCAGGAGAAGGCUAAGAAGAGUAAAGAACCUGUGAUCCUAAAUGAAGUGGAGUCCUUUGAGUCCGAAUUUUCUCAUUUGGCCCUUGACGAUCUGGAUGUUUCUGGAAGCCUACCUGAUGAGCCUGAGCCGUUAUCUGGGGUACCUGAAGAACACUCCAGUGUGCUUCAACCAGCUAUUCUUGUGGCGUCUCAGGAGGAUCCUCCCUUUGAUUCUUUCAUAGGGAGGCGUACAUCCAACGACGGUAUGGUCGAAAAUAAAGUUGCUUUAGAGUCUGUGGAUAAUCAAACGGAAGAGAUGCUGAUCCACUUGGGACCCCUCGCCGAAGACCCUGACGUCACCGACUCGCCUGAGGCUUCAGAUGAACCCGAGAGCAUAUCCCCUUCGGACUCGUCACCAAGCACGCCCCCCAAGCCGAUACAACUGGAAACUAAAGACGGCAAGGUGGAAGACCGCCAGACCGACACCCCCUCACCUCCGGUCAGCGCUUUCUCCUCGGGCACCUCGACCACAAGUGACAUUGAGGUGCUGGACCACGAGAGUGUGUUGAGUGAGAGCUCAGCCAGCUCCAGACAGGAGACAGCAGAGGUGAAGGCCGGCCUUCACUUGAUGCAGGGCUCUUUCCAGCUGCUCUCGGCCUCGGCGUGUGGAGAGCUCCUCCGCAACGAGGAUUACGCCAAGCUCACUGAAAGCUGCGGCUCGUCCUCGGACGCUUUUGAGCGCAUCGACUCGUUCAGCAUGCAGUCGCUGGACAGCCGCAGCGUCAGCGAGGUCAACUCUGACGACGACAUUCCAGGAAGUCGAACGCUGGCUUCUGUCACCGCCGGCUCGGAGCCUAUUGCCCCUACAGCAUCUGUGGUUUUUCAGAGUCAGGAUGAGGCUCCCAGAGAAGAGCAGGUGGGGGAGGUGGGGAAGGAAGAAGAAGACGAAAAGGAGGCGCUCCAGCAGGAGGAGGAGGAGGAGGAGGAGGAGGAGGAAGAAGAAGAAGAAGGGCUCACUGAGACGAUGAGGGACCAGUCUUUGGAUGAGAUGGAGGAAAGUGGGCGGAGUGCCACACCAGUUAAUUGUGAACAGCCUGAAGAUUUGACGGAAGAAGAUGAGCAAACUGGUCUCAUGAUGUCAAGUACCACCUCAGAGCUGGAGGAAAACCCCACUCAGCCAAUCACGAAGGAGAUGAGAAGCGUCUCUACCUGUCAGAUUCUGGAGUUGCAAAAGGUGAUUGAUGAGCUCUCCAGUCGUCUGGAGAAGAGGGAGUCCCAGCUGCUGACAGUGAGCACGGACAAGGUCCGCCUGGAGGAGAAGUGUGACAACCUCAGAGAUGAAGUGGUUGCCCUGAAGGAGGAGACCUCCACAGUCCAGUCUCUGAAGGAGGAGUUCACCCAGCGCAUAGCAGACACUGAGAGGAAGGCCCAGGUAGCCUGCAAAGAGAGGGACAUCGCCAAAAAGGAGAUCAAGAGUAUGCGGGAGGUGUUGACCACCAGACUGAACGCGGAGGCGAUGGAGAUCAUCAAAGAGAAGGAGGCGCAGAUACGAGGCCUGCUUGAGGAAGGUGAGAAGUUGUCCAAGCAGCAGCUCCAGCACUGCAACAUCAUCAAGAAGCUGCGUGUGAAGGAGAAGGACAGCGACGGCAGGGUCUCCAAGCAGAGCAAGAGGCUCAGAGAACUGGAGGAGGAGCUCCGACAGCUCCAGCAGGUUCUAGAUGGGAAGGAGGAGGUGGAGAAGCAGCACAGGGAGAACAUCAAGAAGCUGAACAGCGUGGUGGAGCGCCAGGAGAAGGAGGCCACUCGCCUGCAGAUGGACUCUGAGGAGUUGCAGGAGAAGAACCGCAGCCUUCAGGCCGCCUUGGACAGCUCUUACAAGGAGCUAGCGGAGCUCCAUAAGGCCAAGGCCAGCAGAGACAGUGAAGCCCAGGAGGUGGCUCUGAGCAGGGAGACCCAGGCCAAGGAGCAGCUGAGUGUCACCCUGGAUAAGGCCCAGGAGGAGGCGCGGUUACAACAGGAGGUCCUGGGCAAUCAGGUGGCCGACCUGAGGGUGGCCUUGCAGCGGGCGGAGCAGCAGCAGGCGAGGAAGGAGGACUACCUGAGGGAAGAGAUCAGCCAGCUGCAGCAGAGGCUUCAGGAAGCCGAGAGCAGGAACCAGGAGCUGAGUCAGGGCAUGACCUCAGCCACGCGGCCCCUGCUCAGGCAGAUCGAGAACCUGCAGGCGUCGCUGGGGGGCCAGACGGCCUCAUGGGAGAAGCUCGAGAAGAACAUCUCGGACCGACUCUCGGACGCCCAGGCGCAGUUGGCUGUCGCCGUGGAGAAGGAGCGCGCCGCCACAGAGGAGGGGAUGGCCGUGCGCUCCCAGCUGGCCUCCCUGGAGUCCCAGAACUCUCUGCUCCGCAAGGAAAAGGGGCGCUACGCGGUGGAGCUGGGCACGGAGAAGAACCAGAGGGAGAGGCUGGAGGAGGACAGCAGCAGAGAGCAUGUUGAGCUGGAAAACCUGCGUGGAGAGCACAGCCGCUUGCUAGAUGAGGCCAAGAAAGAAAAGCUGCUACUGACCAAUCAGCUGGAGAUGGAGAAGAUGAAGGUGGAGCAAGAAAAGAAGAAAUGCUACCUUGCACAGGAGGCCCUCAAGGAGAAGGAGAGAAAGGCCAUGGCCCACUCUGUAGGGGAGCCCCCAGCCUCCUCCACCCCCUCCCUGUCCCGCUCCAGCUCCAUCAGUGGGACCGACACUGCCGGUCUGUACGCCUCAACCUUUUCCCAGGAUGACUCUAUGGACCACUCGCUGGGAGUCAUGCCCAUGUCCAUGUCCCUCAGUGGGACCAACCUGUACGAGGCGGCCAGGCUCUCCGGAGGCUCCAGCGUCAUGGAGAACCUGCAGUCGCAGCUCAAACUGAGAGAAGGAGAGAUUGCGCAGCUACAGUUGGAGAUCUCCAGCCUGGAGAGGAGUCGCUCCGUCAUGGCGGAGGAGGUGGUCCGCCUCACCAACCAGAACGAUGACAUGGACCUCCUGGUGAAGGACAUCCCCAGGCUCCAGGUCCAGCUCAAGGAUCUGGAGCAGAGACACAACACCAUCCUCCAGAUGUACGGGGAGAAGGCCGAGGAGGCUCAGGAGCUGAGGAUGGACCUGGACGACGUGAAGAACAUGUACAAAACCCAGAUCGACGAGCUGCUGAAGAACCAGAAAUAGACUCAUGGGCUCUCUGCUGCUUUGGUGACGGAGACCCUGGACACUGUGGUGGAGGGGCUUCAGUUAAUGUGGACGUGCUUCUUCUUCCCUUUCAACACUGUUCCAAGAAGAAGAAUUAAUUGUAAUUCAUCUUGAUUCUAAUUAUUUUAUGGAGUUUGUCUGAUGGUGGUUGUGUUAUUUAAGUUUUGUAUAGGUGGGAUGAUGGUUACUUUUAAGCAUAACAUACAGAUGACAGAAUAUGAAGGAUGGUAAUAGGUCACUUAAUGCUUGGGGCAUUGAAAACACUAUUUAACAUUUAUUAUUCAAUGUAAGAGAUCGCUCACGUUAUGCUACCUUUGCACUCUACAACUUCCCAUUUUUCUUAAUUAUUUGAGAAUCUUUUCAAUUUACUAGAAUUAGUAACAUGCUUUAUUGUAUGAAUGAUUGAUUGAUUGCUCACAACUCCUUCCACAUCCCAACGGCGGUAUAUAAGUCUAUGUUUAGAAUCCUUAAAUGGAUUUCAAAUUGUAUAAAUUGUAAAUGCAUACAAAUAUUAAACAUUUAUUUGGUUGAUGAAGGCUUUAACUUGCUACAUUGAAUCACGUUCCCUUUUAUUUUGUUAUUGUUACAUCUAUGGAAAUAUCUCAAACUUGUUCCCGAAUAGCGUUAGGCUUGCAUGCCGCCUUGUUUCUGAACAUGUCCGUAUCAGACCAGCCAAUCGACAUAUCAAGAAACAGCGGAGAACAACAAGAGGAUGAGACUAGAGGAGGACCACAGCUGGUGGUGUAAUAAAAUGAAUAGAAACUAUCAAACACCCCAUUCCUGGAUUUUGAAGUCUGAUUUUUGGCCCUCAUGACGCCAAUGAUUAAUUAGAAAUACUAUUAGAAACUGCUUUUUUCUUUUUAAAGAUGAGGGACAAUCUAGCUCAAAAUCAAAUGAAUUGUAUUGAAAUGUAAUGUAUCGUCCAGAUGCCUACAAUCAUAACUCUAUUAAAAGCCAUGUUGAGAA